AUGGCCAUCGGUGACGGCAGGACGACCCUUUUCUGGGAGGAUCGCUGGCUCGGCGGCCAAUCCGUCCACGAGCUCGCGCCCAUGCUUAUCCAGUGCAUACCCAAACAGCGCAGGAAGUCCAGAACGGUGGCGGAGGCCCUCGCCGGCAACAGCUGGGCGCGUGACAUCCAUGGCCUGCUCGGCCUCCCGGAGAUUGGACAGUACCUAAAGCUCUGGCACCUAGUUCAGCAUGUCGAGCUGUCCAAUGAGCCGGACAGGCUGCUCUGGAGAUGGACAGCCAACGGGGUUUACACGGCCCAAUCUUGCUACCGGGCAACCUUCCAGGGCGCGACGAGCUGCAACUCCUGGAAACUCAUCUGGAGGAGCUGGGCACCGCCCAAGGCAGACUUGGCAUGA